CUGAUAUCAAGUGUUGUGAUAUAUACCGGAACUAGAAUUUCUUUCUGUGACGGAACGCACUAUAACAUGACACCCAGUCCUGGACUGCUUACUGUGAUUUUUACUUUCCAUUUACUAGCAAUAUUUGACGGUGUCGGAGGCCAGGGAGUGUCCACGUUGUGUAACGAUGAAUUUGGAAAUGACUUUGUUAAUGGCCAGGAGGCAAAAGUUGACUGCAAUACAUGUACUUGUUUAGAACCUGGAUGGAGCUGUACUGAGAUCGCAUGCUCAGAUCCUUGUUCGUCAUCGCCAUGCUUAAAUGGUGGAAUGUGUUUUAGAAAAAAUGACUAUUAUACUUGUAUUUGUCCACGGAACUACAAUGGAUCUGAAUGUCAAAAUAUAGUACCUGACGAUGUUUGCUACGAUGGUGAAAGGACGUUAGAUAAUGGCGAAACCACCUUUAAUGACAUCUGUCAGCAGAUGUGUGAGUGUAACGAUGGUGUAGUAACGUGUGACGUCACCGAUUCGUGCCCAGAACCCGCAUGCACCAACCCUGUGUACCUCCCGAAUAACUGCUGCCCCGUCUGCUGGCCUCCUGAAGAAAAAGACGGAUUUUGUCCAGAAACUUCUUUCUCUGAUAUUGGAACAUGUGAAGACACAUGUCAGCACGAUGUCAAUUGUACCGGUGACCAGAAAUGCUGCUUCAACGGCUGCGGCUUAUCAUGCACGGAUCCGCAAUCAGAACCGACAACUUUGUGUGAUCAAUCUCCUUGCCAGAACGGAGGAACUUGUAUUGACAUUUUAUCUACUGUGAUUAUGUGUCAGUGUUCUCCGGGUUUUCAUGGAAAAUAUUGUGAAAUACCAGAUGGAAAGCCUUGUUACUAUGGUGACAGAUGGUACAGAGAUGGAGAGUCUGAACGAUUCCAACACUGUUUUGAUUGUGUCUGCAAUGAUGGCUUCUUUAAAUGCUACGAUAUAUGUGCGGAAAAGCCAGGCGAAUGUCCGGAAGGUCAUGACCUCAAUAUCGACAUCUAUGAGUGCGACGUAGAUGCAGAUUGCCAUGGUGACGAGAAAUGCUGCACGGGUGCAUGUUCACAGCCACAGCAAAGAUUCAUAAGUUGUGAAGAUGAACCUUGUAAGAACGGUGGGACCUGUGAAGGUUCAUAUACGCUGAGGCCGUUGCUGUACACAUGUCAUUGUGCAGACGGCUAUACAGGAAACAAUUGUAACGAGACAGUGAUUGAUCUUUGCCACGUGAAACCAAAUCCAUGCUCGAAUGGAGGCAAUUGCACAGGUAACGUGGGAUAUCCAUGUGUGUGUGUACCGGGAUUCCACGGCAAGUUUUGUGAAGAUAUGUGUGACCCGACUACCUGUCAGAAUGGAGGAACUUGCACUGGUAGAAAUAUUUACCCCUGUAUUUGCGAUUACAGAUAUGGUGGUGACUUUUGUGAACAAGAUUUGUGUGACCCGAAUCCAUGUCAAAACGGCGGCACUUGUACAAGAAGCGAUAUGACGUGUAUCUGUCCAGAAGGCUUCAGUGGAGAUCUUUGUGAUGAAGACGACAUCUGUAUUGUGGAACCAUGUACGAAUGGUGGACACUGUAUAGCAAAUGUUGAUUACAGUGAUGACGCUAGUCCAAGUUAUCACUUAAGUUCGAGCUCUGCUUCUAGUGGUGCUGAUUCGCACUGCCAAUGUCGUCUGGGUUAUAAAGGCAGAGUUUGUGAAAUUGAUUUGUGUUCACCAAAUCUAUGUCAAAAUGGAGGCAUAUGCACAGGUUUCGAAUGGGAGCCAUGUUACUGUUUACAGGGCUUUACCGGAGACUACUGCGAAGAAGAGGAAAUAUGUAAUUCGCAGCCAUGUAUGAACGGCGGAAUUUGUUUAGGGAAUUUCAAUUACACCAAUGUUGUUGGAAUUGAUUCUUACUGCCUCUGUCUUCCUGGAUUUAUAGGUGACUACUGUCAGAUAGAAGUCGGUCAGAAUAUGAAUACAACCGCUACGUAUCCAGCACCUUUAAUGACUGAUGAAGACGGAGAGUCUGUAACCUUUGAUCCUACCCCAUGUGAACCGAGCCCAUGUUUAAACGGUGGAACAUGUGAGCACAUUGACUAUCCGUAUCUAGCGUAUCAUUGUGAAUGCCCGUCAGGAUUUGGUGGGGAAACAUGCGAAGAAGACAUCACAUGUAUUUAUAACUACUGUCAGAACGGCGGAACAUGCGAGAUGCACAAAGGCCAAGUUUACUGUUAUUGUACCGAAGACGUUACUGGGCAAUUUUGCGAAUACACGCCAUGUAGCGGUAGACCUUGUCUGAAUGGUGGAACUUGUCACCCCUUUUAUGGUGAUGCCUACACCUGUCUUUGCCCUCCAGGUACAUCUGGGGAUAACUGUCAAAUUAUCGAUCCAGAUGUUUGUGCAAAUUCACCUUGUAAGAAUUUUGGAAGCUGCAGUGAAUUUGGAAAUGCUGCCGAUUGUUCGUGCGUUCCUGGUUUUACUGGACGGUUCUGUGAGAUUGUCAUCGAGGAAUACAAUUGUCCAAAUGGAACAAGUCCAGAUACCUGCUUAUUUGACCCUUGUCACGUUGCUAGUUGUCCCACAAACCCGGAUGCUCGCUGUGAGUCUAACUACUGCGGGUGUAUUGCGGAAUUCUACGAUGCAGACGGCAAUAUGGUCAACUGUCAUAAUUGUGAAGAUGGAGACGUAGUAACGUGCGUGAUAGACCCUUGCACCGUCAUGUCCUGCGACAAACAUCCAACAGCCAAGUGUCAAGUGAAUUACUGUGGGGAAUGCAAAGCAGAAUUUUACUAUGAUCAAGGAAAUAAACUAGAUUGUGAAAUUGUCCCUUGCCAAUAUGAAGGAAGGAAUUAUGACGAACACGAUCAACGAGAUCAUGAAGAUGCAUGCAACAUUUGUACCUGUUUGGAGAACGGAACAUGGCAUUGUACAGACAAUACAUGUUCAGGAUACAAUCCAGAUGGUACAGAGAUUGGAAUGGGUUUCGGUUUAGAUUUUGAAUUCAACCGUAUCGAGAACAACCUCAACAAAUUUAAAAGUGAAAUCAAAAGCCAGUUGGCAUCAAAUUUUGAAAUACCAGAAAAUAACAUCCAAGACAUACAGUUAACUGAAGGCAGUGUUAUUGUCAGGUUCAAGCUUGUAGAUGAUGAUAACAUUGAUGCUGAAGCUGAGGCUGAUAAAAUGUUUGAAGAGCUUGACUCUGGAAAUGUGAAAUUCGAAUUUGAUGGAGAAAUUAUUUGUGUCAUUAACGGAAGUGUUCUGCAACCAGUUAAGCCUAUCCCUAUACCAACCACGGAAACACAUACUGGAAAUGGCAACGACUUACAACUUGUUAUCAUUAUAGCUGGCGUCAGUGCCGUGGUUGUAGUGAUUUUUAUUGUGGUCAUAUAUUGUGCAUGUUCAAAAAGAAGAAAGAAAUCAGAAGAUCAAAAUACCACAAACCUUGCAACAAUUUCUGGCAAUAUAUACGACAAUGAACCUGAUGCUACCAUCCAAGGCUCAGAUAACGCAGCUUACGUUGACAUGGAAUCCAUGAAUGUAUAGGACAGAAAAAUAAAUUACAUUUCUACACAAACAGAAAAAAAAA